GGAGAAUCGGUGUGAAAUACACGGAGGCGAGAGCGCGUUUUGGUUUCGACACAGUUUUGGCACUAACACAGUUACACAUGUGGACAUGUGUGCGUUUACUUUCCGCCAGUGCGCUCAGUUUGAUCUGCUCGCAGCGCUGUGCUGAUGUCGGUGUCUCGCUUGCACUGCUGCACCGAAAGUUCCUCUGUGUGCUCUCGUUCUUGCUACCACACGAAAUCGUCAGUACAGCUCAAGGAUCGGCAGCGAGCGGCCGCACGUGCGUCAGCCUAAGUCCUGGACGAUUGAUGUUAUGAUUUUGUAAAGUGUUCAAGUGUUCAAGUGUUGUGCGAAUUCAAAUGAAGCUGCGCGAAUGAUUCGUAAUGCAUGUUAUGUACAUCGCGCAGCUUCAUUUCGUACCUUUUUUAUGUUUAUAACAGGAUCUACGCAGAUAUUCGGCCACUUCAACGUUUGCAUCGAUGGAGCGAUUGAUUUGAUUUUAGUUUAAUAUUGUGUAUGUAAAUGUGUGAAAUCGUGUAAAGUUAUGUAAAUGUUUCAAUAAAGUGAUGAAAAAAAGAUCGACGCGUGUUUGUUUUUUUGUUUAGCUUUACAUAACAAAAAAAUACGCAGCGAGUGUGAGCGAUCGCUGAACGAAAGAAACGCACACAGCGCAACACGAAAGAAACAAACACAAGCACACGAAAGGAUGCUCGCGCAUGGGCGCGAGCAUUGAGAGAGCGCACCGUGUAUUUUGUAUGAGAGCGGGAGAGAACCGUGGUACCCGUUCCCGCCCCCUUUUUUAAGCCUAGGAAAUCUUCCAUCGGCUUAACUCUAGGUUUUUACGCACACCAUGAUAAAAAUUACCCGCUCGUUGUCCGUAGGGCUACAGUGCUGCCAGUGUAUGUACCCAACUUUGAAGACUUCAUAGGAAAAUUUAGUGGUGAAAGAGGAGGAGUAGGGGUGGAGCACUGGUUUCGAGAAUUUGAACAAGUAUGUAGCUUGUACACACUAAACGACCAGCUGAAAUUUUUCUGUAUGCGCCGCCUGCUCACCGACACCGCCGCCAUUUUUGCUAAAACCUCAGGCGCAUGCACCUAUGAGACACUGAAAGCUGACCUUAUUAGUACUUUCACAUCAAAAACUUCACUAGAAGAAGUGUUUAAAAAACUAAGGGCACGACAUCUCUCGCAACAUGAAAGCAUCACAAGGUAUGUGUUGGAAAUGCAGCAAAUAGCGGGCACCGUCAUUCCAGAGGAAGACUUGGUCAAUAUUAUAAUUGACGGAAUUGAUGAUCCUAUUAAUACGUCAUCCAUACGUUUCGCUGCAAAAUCGCUCGAGCACCUUAAAACCCUGCUGAAAAAAUACGAAACUUUUCGUCAAACUCGUGGCGUGACUCCUACACCAGCACCGUUACGCACUAAACCCCCAGCUCCACCCCGCAGCACUGGCCCCUCGCGUCAAUGGGCGCAGAACAACAAUAAUGAACCGGCCAGAUGCUUUAACUGUUCUCAAUUCGGCCAUUAUCAAAGCGCUUGCCCAAUGCCACGCCGCCCCAAGGGAUCCUGUUUUAAAUGCCACCAAAUGGGACAUACACAUCGAGAGUGCCGAAACUUCCAGCCCGUUACGACUGCUGCGGUGCACCAUCUGGGUUCCCAUGGAUUCGAUGAGGAAACUGCGGACCAAAUACUGCUUAGCGAAAUUGAAACGCCGACCCAAACGGAUAAUUAGUGACCGAGGUACCUGCUUCACGUCCAAUCAGUUCGAAAAUUUCCUUAGAUCAAAUGAGGUACAGCAUGUACUCAACGCUACUGGUUCACCACAAGCAAACGGACAAGUCGAAAGGGUUAACCGCGUACUUCGACCCAUACUCAGCAAACUUUCGGACUCUUAUGAUCACGAUGAUUGGAAUUUGCAUUUACUGGAUGCUGAAUAUGCGUUGAAUAAUUCAAAGCACGCCAGUACGAAGUUUUCACCCUCAGUUCUCCUGUUUGGUAUUGAACAACGGGGUCAUUUAAUUGAUGAACUAACGGAGUUUUUAGACGAGCGUCGUGGAAGUACACUAAAUGAUUUAAGCGACAUUCGGGCUGAAGCAUCGGCAAAUAUAAUUAAAUCUCAGCUUACCAAUGAGGCAUAUUUUCGUAAAAAUCAUAAACCAGCAGCUAAAUAUGAAGUUGGAGAUUAUGUAGUAAUGCGGAACAUUGAUAGCAACACUCAGCAGAAUAAGAAGUUGAUUCCUAAAUAUAAAGGUCCGUACAUAGUCCAUAAGGUAUUGCCUAACGAUCGCUAUGUCAUUAGGGACAUUGAGGGCUGUCCAAUAACUCAGAUGCCAUAUGAUGGCAUAUUAGAAUCAAACAAGUUGAAGAAAUGGAGUGAGCCGUAUGAAACCGUUAACGAAAUUUGAAUUACUAAUAUUUACACAUAAAUUGAGGUCAAUUUGUUGGUUAGGAUGGCCGAGCUGUAGUACCCUGGAGAUUUGACCCCUAAUUAGACCAUAGUGCCGGAUCGGAAUAUGACCAUCACCGCGACAACUGUGCGAUAAUCCGAAUGUCAAAAAUAAAGAUUAUUCGUUUACGGAUCGUUGUACUGACAA